AUUUUUCGACUUGCCAAAUUCUACUAGCAGCUCGAUCAUCCUGACUGCUUUGACUUCGAUUUGUACAGUCUCCGCGGGGCUUUGGAGACUACGGCUUGCUACUUUAUUUAAGAAAAGACAAUAUGGAACCUACUCAACCAGUCAUUGAAGAUGGCCAAUUUGACGAUGCUCCCGACAACGGUGCUCCUAUUGUAACACCUCAAACCGAUCCUAGAGAAAAUCAUCGAUAUAUCGACGAUGAAAACAUCCUGGAAUGGUCCUCAGAAAGCUCAGGAGAAGAAGACGAGUUUGAUGCUCAGGAAGACUACAUGGAAGCGGAGGCUUUCGAGACAUUGAGGGCCGAAGACGAGGACUGGGAAAACGCAGAACGAGAUUUUACAAAACAGUAUAAUCGCCUUAGACAACACGUCGCUGUACGAACGGGUGCUGCUCAAGGUGUCCGUUCCUCCGUAGCUGGAAAUGCUACUAUGGCUGCGCUUCCUGCCGUAAAUCGUCCUCGUCCUGCAAGAUCGCCCCUUACGACGACGACAGAUGCUUCUAUUCAGUCCAAGGACAAGACAGAGAAUCAGUUACAAGCAUUAUCUAAAUACUCGUCUAGGUUACGGAACCUUGACAUGCCUUACGAUCUUGGCGUCGGAGUCAACAGGAAAGGUCCUUCUGCCACAGCGAAUCAAAAGGACAAGAGCGAUCGUGCGACGAGUGAGCAGGUUCUUGACCCCCGAACUCGGAUAAUCCUCUUCAAGAUGAUUGGACGAGGGCUGCUUUUCGAGGUGAACGGCUGUGUAAGCACUGGAAAAGAGGCGAAUGUCUACCAUGCACUCACACCAGAUAGAAGACAUCUGGCUCUCAAGAUAUACAAGACCUCAAUAUUGGUGUUCAAAGAUCGUGAUCGCUAUGUCUCUGGCGAAUUCCGAUUUCGUAAGGGUUACAGUCGCCAUAAUCCUCGCAAGAUGGUACGUGUCUGGGCAGAGAAGGAGAUGCGUAACCUCAAACGUCUUCAAACCGCCGGCAUUCGUUGUCCAGAACCUAUAGAGAUUCGCGAGAACGUGCUUGUUAUGAGUUUCAUUGGCGAUAGAGAGGGAUGGGCAUCGCCUCGACUGAAGGACGCUGACUUUCCUGCCUCUCGAGCGACCGCUCUCUACGUAGAGCUGAUCCUGAUGGUCCGCAAGAUGUUCCACGAGUGCAAACUCGUCCACGCCGAUCUAUCUGAAUACAACAUUCUUUAUCACAUUGAAGACUCAGCUCCCUCGAAACCCGAAACACAAGAAUCACAGAACGAGGAGGCAGAGAAGGAAGGGCACCUCUACAUUAUUGACGUCUCUCAAUCUGUUGAACAUGAUCACCCUCACGCCUUCGACUUCCUCCGUUCAGAUAUUCGUAACGUCGAGGACUUCUUCUCCAGACGAGGGGUACGAACUCUCGGUUUACGUCGCACAUUCGAAUUCAUCACAACGCCCACGUUUGAAGGAGAAAAAGACGAUGAAGCGAUUCUGAAGAAAUGGCUCGAGGAGGCUGAACGAGAGCCACAGGAUUCAGGAGAGACCAACGGGGCUCAGGCUGGAGGAAAGCUUGACGAUGCUGUCUUCAUGAAAGCCUAUAUUCCUCGUACUCUGAAUGAGGUGUACGAUCCUGAGCGCGAUGUCGGAGCGUUGACAAGAGGUGAGGGUGAGAAGCUCAUUUAUCAGGACACUAUUGGCAUCGUGGCACCAAAGGAUAAGGACUCCGAUGGCGAACGGGCUUCAAGGCGCAUAGUUCGCUUUGAAGCAAGCGAUGGAGAUGGUAGAGGGGAAGAGGAAGAGACUACGGAGGAGAGUGAAGAUGAGUCUGGUGACGAAGGCUUCCGAGAGCACAAACCUAGAGGUCAUAGACAUGAAGACAAAGACGCAAAAAAGGAACGCAAGAAAGCGACGAAGGCUGAAGCCCGAGAAAAGCGAAAACACAAGAUUCCGAAAGCAGAGAAGAAACGAAAAGUGAAAACAACAGCACGGGGAAGGUAGAAUUUAAACAAGGACAAGCAACUGUAUUAGAUGUGUUCAGCAGAUGUACUUUUUGGUCUAUAGCUAGUAGCUUUUUAUUCACGCAUCCGUGACGCAACCAUGACUUGCAUCUUCCAC